UCGUCCCGGAGGCGGCCCAAGAUGGCGGCGGCCAUGCAGGGCCCCGGCGCCCGCCCCGCUCAGCGCUGCUCCCGGCCCCGCCGGCGCCGUUGAGCCUUCCGCCCUUCUCCUCCCCGUCCCGGAGCCCCGCGGCCAUGGAAGGUCCCGGCGCGGCGGCGGCGGUGGGCGCUGGCCCGGGCGGCAGCAACGUGUCGGCCUUCCUGACGAAGCUGUGGACGCUGGUGGAGGAUCCCGAGACCGACCCGCUGAUCUGCUGGAGCCCGAGUGGAAACAGCUUCCAUGUGUUUGACCAAGGACAGUUUGCCAAGGAGGUGCUCCCGAAGUACUUCAAGCACAACAACAUGGCCAGCUUCGUGCGGCAGCUCAACAUGUAUGGCUUCCGGAAGGUCGUGCACAUCGAGCAGGGAGGGCUGGUGAAGCCAGAGAAGGACGACACUGAGUUCCAGCACCCCUACUUCAUCCGUGGCCAGGAGCACCUCCUGGAGAACAUCAAGAGGAAAGUCACCAGCGUGUCCAGCAUAAAGAACGAGGACAUCAAGGUGCGGCAAGACAACGUCACCAAGCUGCUGACCGACAUCCAGGUGAUGAAAGGAAAGCAGGAGAGCAUGGACUCCAAGCUGAUAGCCAUGAAGCACGAGAACGAGGCGCUGUGGAGGGAGGUGGCCAGCCUGAGGCAGAAGCACGCGCAGCAGCAGAAGGUGGUCAACAAGCUCAUCCAGUUUUUGAUUUCAUUGGUGCAAUCCAACCGCAUCCUUGGGGUGAAGAGGAAGAUCCCCCUGAUGUUGAACGACAGCAGUUCAGCCCAUUCCAUGCCGAAAUACAGCCGCCAGUACUCCCUGGAGCACGUCCACGGCUCGUCCCCAUACGCAGCUUCCUCCCCAGCAUACAGCGGCUCCAACAUCUACUCCCCGGAUUCAUCGACCAACUCUGGUCCCAUCAUCUCGGACGUGACGGAGCUGGCCCAGUCCAGCCCUUCGGCAUCUCCCAGCGGCAGCCUGGAUGAGAGGAGCAGCCCUGUGGUCCGCAUCAAAGAGGAGCCCCCCAGCCCCUCCCACAGCCCCAAGGUAGAGGAGGCCAGCCCAGGGAACCCCCCCGCUGUCGAAACCCCUCUGUCUCCCUCCACCUUCAUCGACUCCAUCCUGCAGGAGAAUGAGCCCAGCACCACGACCGCCGCGGCCGGCAACAGCACCGCGCAGCCUCAGCCCCAGGAAAAGUGCCUCAGCGUUGCCUGCCUCGACAAGAACGAGCUCAACGACCACCUGGACACCAUCGACUCCAACCUGGACAACCUGCAGACCAUGCUGACCACGCACGGCUUCAGCGUGGACACCAGCGCCCUGCUGGACCUCUUCAGCCCUUCGAUGACGGUGACGGAUAUGAACCUCCCCGACCUGGACAGCAGCCUCGCCAGCAUCCAGGACUUGCUCUCGUCGCAGGAGCAGCAGAAGCCCUCCGAGGCCGAGGCCGGAGCAGCAGACACAGGGAAGCAGCUGGUGCACUACACGGCUCAGCCCCUUUUCCUGGUGGACUCGAGCGCGGUGGACGUGGGCGGCGGCGACCUGCCCAUCUUCUUCGAGUUGGGCGAGGGCUCCUACUUCACCGACGGGGACGAGUACGGCGAGGACCCCACCAUCUCCCUCCUGUCCGGGACCGAGCAGCCCAAACCCAAGGACCCCGCCGUGUCCUAAGGCCGGGGCCGAGGGCGGAAGAGAGGAGGAAGAGGAAAAGGAAGAGGAAGAGGAAGGCUGCGCCCGAAAGGGACCUGCGGCUCCCCCGCUUCGCGCAGACAUCGGCAGCUCUCGGCACCCUCCGAUCCACGUCCGCUUCCCCCGGCCGCCGCCAGGAUCUCAUUAGCGUGUGCUUAACGAGCUGACGCCAAACCCGCCUUAGGUUCCAGCCGGCGCCUCUCCGGGCCGGCGCUCGGCGGGGCUGAGAGGUGCGGGAGGACCCCCACCUCCCCCCCCCCACAGCCCCCCGAAACCCGGCGGAGCGGAGAGCGGGCAGAGAGACCGCGGCCCCCUGCCCUGCAGCCACGACGGCCGUCCGUCUGUCCGUGGGGCGGCGUCCGUGGGGCGGGCGCUGAUGGACUGCAUUGACGGACUGGGGAGCACUGGGCUGGGCAGCGGAGGAGUGGGCACCAGUGGGUGGGGUUCCGUGGGCUGGCACUGCUGAACUGGGAAUCGGUGGGCUGGGAACUGAGGGACUGGGAAGAACUGGGCUGGCACUGGUGGACUGGGAAUCAGUGGGCUGGCACUGGUGAACUGGGCAUGGAUGGGCUGGCACUGGUGAACUGGGAAUCAGUGGGCUGGGAACUGAUGGACUGGGAAGAACUGGGCCGGGCAGCAGAGGAGUGGGCAUCAGUGGAUGGGGUUAUGUGGGCUGGCACUGGUGAACUGGGAAUGAGUUGGUUAGGAAGUGAUGGACUGGGAAGAACUGGGCUGAGCGGUGAUGGAGCGGGCAUCAAUGGAUGGGGUGAGCUGGGCAUGGAUGGGCUGGCACUGGUGAACUGGGAAUCAGUGGGUCAGGUACUGAUGGACUGGGAAGAACUGGGCCAGGCAGUGAUGGAGUGGGCCUCAAUGGACGGGGCAUCGAUGGGCUGGAAACUGGAGAACUGGGCAUCAGUGGGCUGGAAACUGGUGAACUGGGCAUCAGUGGGCCGGGUGCUGGUGAACCUGGUGUCAGUGGGCCGGGCGUCAAUGGGAUGGGCAUCAGUGGGACGUGUGUCAGCGGUUGGGACAUCAGUGGGGUGGGAACUGGUGAACUGGCAUCAAUGGGAUGAGUGUUGAUGGGACAUCAUUGGGGUGGGCAGUGGUGAACUGGGAAUCAGUAGGAUUGGUAGUGGUGAAACCAGCAUCAGUGGGCAGGGAUCAGUGGGAUGGGCAUCAGUGGGGCAGGGAUCAGUGGGAUGGGCAUCAGAGGGGCAGGAAUAGAUGGGGUGGGCAUCACUGGGGCAGGGAUCAGUGGGAUGGAAAUCAGUGGGGCAGGGAUGAAUGGGGUGGACAUCAGUGGGGCAGGGAUCAGUGGGCUGGGAGGUGGUGAUCUGGGCAGCCAGGUCCUGUCAGCGCUGUGCCAGCACCAGCAGCCCCAACCCACAGCACGGUGCUCACAGUGCCAGCGCGUCAGGUCCUGGUUGGUCGGUGCUGGUGGGUCAGGUCCUGGUUGGUCAGUGCCAAUGAGCCAGGUCCUGGUUGGGUCAUUGUUGGUUGGCUGGGUCCUGGUUGGUCAGUGCUGAUAGGUCGGGUCCUGGUUGGUUGGUGCUGGUGGGUCAGGUUCUGGUUGGGUCAGUGCUGGUGGGCCGGGUCCUGGUAGGUCAGUGCUGGUGGGCCGGGUUCUGGUUGGUUGCUGCUGAUGGGUCGGGUCCUGGUUGGUUGGUGCUGGUGUGCUGGGUCCUGGUUGGUCAGUGCUGUUGGGUCAGGUCCUGGUUGGUCAGUGCUGGUGGGUCAGGUCCUGGUUGGUCAGUGCUGUUGGGCCGGGUCCUGGUUGGUGGGUUCUGGUGUGCUGGGUCCUGGUUGCUCGGUGCCACGCGACGAUCCCGGAGCCGUUCCGUUUUCUUUCCCUCUCGGCUCUGCGUUUCCUUCGGUUCCUUCGGUUCCGUUCCCCUUUGGCUUCGCAGUCAAACUUUGUACAUUGACACUUCUGAUUGUUAAUAGUAAAAACUGUAUUUUGGAUUUUUACAUGA